AAUCUAUCUAUUUAUAUUCUUUCCAUAUGUGAACACAGCAUCAACAGCACCAAAUUGUUAUAUUUAUCGUUCAUCGGAAUUAUCGAAAGAGUUCAUUUCAGGUGGUCGAGUUGCACAGAAAGAUGGGUGGAAAUUGUUGAAUAGAAAUGGGGAAUAGUCCUAGCGGGCCUCGUCUUCUGGUGAAUGGAAACUAUUCUUCUUACGACAUUAAACUGGGAAAAGCGGAUACCAUUAGCGUGACAAAAGAUGAAGAGUUUUAUGACGGGAAUUCAUCUUGGGCACUCGUGUACAACAUAGACGGACUGUUAUGUAAACUUUCCAUAGACAAAAGCACCCGUGAUAAUACAUUAUUCAUCAAUGUAAUGGAAUAUUGUGGACGUAUUUUCAUAACAGUGAAAAAUGAAAAAGAAGCUGGUCUUGUUUGCCGAAUAACUCCACAGUUCGCCCCGUGGUAUUUGGCCAAACAUUCGACAAAACAUGGUCAAUCAUCGAGGGGCGACAUACGAACGUGCACUUUGCCAUAUGCGUAUGGAACAAGGAAAGGUCUUCUUAUUACGCAGAAAAAGAAGAAGAGCCAUGAAGAAGGAGGGUACAUGGUAACCAUAGCACACUAUUACGUGAAUACUGCUAGUGAUGGAGAUAAGGGUGCAAGUGAACUGGAUUUGGGUUUUUCAGUUGUGAUGAAGAUUGGAUUGAAUAAUGGGCGAUUAGAUUUUAAUGUAGAUGGCCCUGUGGAACACCCUUCUUCGGCAUUACUUUACAUGAUCGAAGAAGUGGUUAGAACAGGGACGUGGAACCCUUCUGCAUGCCCUCAUUGCAAGAAUAUCCAAUCGCAGCGCCGUAGAUGGCUGUCUGAGAGUGAAGACAGCGACGCCCCUUUUCCGGCACCGCCACGUUAUGGAGGCUCACAAAACACAGCAAAUAUGGGACGCUUCAAUGGGGAUGCUAACGGUAGUAUGAUUCGAGCAAAGGAAGUUAAGUUUUCGAAUGAAAAUUACUUUGGGAAAUGGUGGAAAUGACUUAUAUAUAGUGUGCACAUGUUAUAGGAUUAACGAAUUUUAAUGAAAAUUCUGUUUUUGAGUUAUGAAAUGCACGAUUUUAUUAGUUGAAUAGAAAUUUGAUAUUAGACAAUGGUUCGGAGGUUUU